CGCUCCCGCCCCAGCUCUGCUCGGGUCACCCCGGCUCCCCACGGCGAUGCACUCCCCGCCCCGCAGGCAGAGCCCCGUCCCUUCAUCCCAUCCCAUAUCCCGUCCCAUCCGAGGGGCUCUGCCUCGGUUCCCCUCGGCCCUCCCCCUCCCUCCUCCCUUCUUUUUUCCAUCCCCUCCCCCACCUGGGAAGACCCGGCGGCUCCCCCCCGCCCCGUGCUCAGUAGCGGCGGGUGCUCGGCGGUGGCGGAGCGGGGACACCGGCGCUGCGUGGAUGUGGCCGCUGCCCCCCGGCCGGGGCUCGGCGCUGCCAGAAAAAAACAGACAAGAUGGAGCACGUGUUAGUGCUGUUCGUAUUUUUCAUGCCUGCAUUGGGUCUUGCUAAUGAAAUAGGAACUGAACAAGAUUUUACCUGGCAUUUAAAGAAGGUUCCCCAGAUUGUGAGCAAAAGAACUUUCUCUCUUGACAGCCCUAAAUUUGAAGCAAAACCCAACUUGGAGCUGAAUAGCGUAUGUGGAAUUGAAUGUCAAAGGAAACUGCCAGUGCCCAGCUUGUCUGACUUGAAGGAUCUUUUAUCCUAUGAGACUAUCUUUGAAAAUGGCACACGAACCCUGACUGAAGUGAAUGUCCUUGGGCUGACACUUGAUCCAGCUGGAAACACAACGGCACAUAGAUCUUUGAGAAAGAAAAGGCAGAUAUAUGGGACAGACAGUAGGUUCAGCAUCUAUGACAAGCGGUUUAUAACCAACUUCCCUUUCAACACAGCUGUGAAAAUCUCCACUGGCUGCAGUGGCAUUCUCAUUUCCCCAAAGCAUGUGCUCACAGCUGCCCACUGUCUGCAUGAUGGCAAGGACUAUGUUAAGGGCAGCAAAAGGCUGAGGGUGGGUCUGAUGAGGACGAAGUCCAGGGGUGAUGGCAGGAAACGCAAAGGUGCUAAAAGAAGUAGGAGAGAAGCCCCUGAGGCCCAAGAAGAUCCUGAAAUUGCCACAGGUCUAAGGCGACGGUCCCGAGGUGGUGGGAGAAAGCAGAGGAGAUCUGGGAGGAAGCAGGGAAGCUCAGAUGGCAAGCCCUCCUUCCAGUGGACCAGAGUGAAGAGUACCCACAUCCCAAAAGGCUGGUUUAAGGGUUUCUCAGGAGAUAUUGCCCUAGAUUAUGAUUAUGCUGUUCUUGAGCUCAAGAGACCCCACAAAAGGAAAUACAUGGAGCUGGGAAUCAGCCCAACCAUCAAAAUGAUGCCUGGCAGUAUGAUCCACUUCUCAGGCUUUGACAAUGACCGAUCCGGGCAGCUGGUCUACAGGUUUUGUAGCAUUUCUGAUGAGUCCAAUGAUCUUUUUUAUCAGUACUGUGAUGCUGAGCCUGGCUCCACUGGGUCUGGUGUCUAUCUUCGUCUAAAGGAGCCAAACAAGAGGAAGUGGAAACGCAAGAUCAUUGCUGUAUUCUCGGGCCAUCAGUGGGUGGAUGUCAAUGGGGAACAGCAGGAUUACAAUGUAGCGGUAAGAAUUACUCCUCUCAAAUAUGCCCAGAUUUGCUUCUGGAUACACGGGAACGAUGAGAAUUGCACACAAGGCUGAAGAGAGCUGACACCAGCUUGCCAAGCACCCAUAAUAUGAUAGAGUGAAAAUCUGCUGCCAGCGGCUACCUAAAGAACAUCGUUCCACAUCAGGAUGCCUUCAAACUCAAAGCUCACAAAUAAUGUUAUGGUGACUUGAGUGUCUCUGAAUGGCUGGGGGAUGGGUAGCAUUGUCAAAAAACAUGUUUUUAAUUGUAAUCAACUCCAGGUCUGCACUUGAAAUCCCAAACUAUAUUUAUAUUUGUAAUUUUGAUAAAUUCAUUCACUUCAGAAAAAAAAUGGCAACAAUUGUUUGUCAUUUUUUUCCCCCAUGGGAAGUAUUAGAACUUCUCAAACUGGUAUUAUUUAACACCAUACAUUUUUUUUUUUUCCAGUGGAUUUGCUUUUCUCAGGGUUCUGUUUCAAUUCUACAAGUGCAAGUUGCACAUACAUCACUUUACUGUAUGCGCAGAAUGUAUGUGUAUUGCAUGAGACCAAGACUUUUUUUUUGUCAUUUUCUAAAGACCACAGCUCUGUGUUCAGAAACAGCCAUCUAGUCCAAGCUUGUUAUUUUGGAAAGCUCUGGUUGCUGGAGGAACGCUCCUAUGGAAAUCCCACAUUUCUCUAGAUGAUGACCAGACCUAAAAGACAAGUUUUGCUUCAUUGCUCAGUAAAAACAACAAAGAGAAAUUAAUGAGCAGAAGUUUCCAUGCUUGGAAGAGGAAACCUUAGAAUGUAACUUAAUGCCUUUAAAUAUUCUUUGAGAAGCUAGACAAGUCUUAAACAUAUGGAUUUAUUUUCUAGUUAGUGUUUAAAGAGCUGUAGCUUUAGUUUCUUUUCAAAUGUUUAGCUUUCCCAUUAGGUAAAGCGGUGGCUGUUUGACAAUCAUUUAGAGCUUCACCUCAAAGCCACAGGUGACGGCUUUAUUGGGUGCUAACCAUUUUCGCAGGCAUUUAAAAUUACUUUAUAAGAAUUCAGCUUCAUAGGUAGAAUGCCCGGGGUAUUAGGCUGGGAGUUGGAAAGCAGUAUUUCCUUGCCUUUAGUUUUACAAAGUGAGUAGUUUUAAUCACAUCAUGUUGAGGCUCCACCUCAACUUGAGUUCUAGGGUGAAAUUAAAAAAAAAACACAAAAAAACAAAAAAACUCCCAACUAAAUGAUACUGCUUUCUGAAUGGUGGAAUAACUGUCCCGUGCACUAUGAAAGAUAUCACGCUAUGUAGCAGCAGUAGUUAUCAAAUCAUGUGGUACAAUGUGUUUGCUGAACCACAGAGUUAAUGAAAACACAGAGUGAGCUUGACUUCUACAUGCUUCUAUACAUGAAUUGCCUUUCUAAAGAUGGGUUGCUGUUAAUUGCCAUGCAAGUCUUAAUCAUGUUGGUUUUUUUUGUAUCAAGAUCUUGAAGAGCACAGGGUUGUUAUGGUGCUAUGUUAAUCUAAUUAACAUAAAAGUAUGCUGUGUGUACUUCAGAUCACAUCCACUUAAUUUAAUUACAUUCCUAAUUAUUCAACAUUGAAAUCUUCCAUUUUUUGAUAAGUUUGUGCUGACCAAAAUCCUUUUUCUUCCCACACAGAAGGAAAAAGUAUAAAAGAUUUUCAAAUAUUAUUCAUUUGUUGGUAUAUUUGAAAUAUGCUUUUAACAUUUUUCAGUGAAAUACGAUCCUUUUUAAUAACUCACUUUUUCUGUAGAUGAUUGAAAACCUAAAACCUGACACUUUGAAUGUGCAGGCAAUUUUGUCAUAUUAUUGCCAAAGCAUAAAAAAUUUAACACUUGUUUCCAUACCUUAACUAUUACAACAUUCCACUAAUUGGAACUAUCUCACUUUAAGGGAAAAUAUUUCUUUCAACUUCAGCCAUUUCAGGCAACAUUAAACUUUUUUUUUAAAAGACUUUUGUGAUUGCUUGUAAAACAAACAAACAGCAAUAAAACCCCAACAACCCAAUAAUAAUUGUUAAAGUUUAGAAAUUUAUGUCUAAGUAAUUUAAAAGUUAAUUAUUGUUGUCGUUGUUGCUAAUGUCUUAAUUAAGAUAUAUGCCUUCACUGACUAAUUUUAAAUCCCCUCAGUCCAGUUUUUAAUGCUCUUGCUCUAUGCAUCUGGCCUGUAAUAUGCUUUAGGCAGUUCUGUAAUAUUUUUCCUAAGUGCCUUUUUCUAUAGCUGUGGUAACAAUUGAGGUACUGCAUUGCUGAUCAAUAGAAGUCAGCAUAGUUCCAUGGAUUUUGAUGCAACUCCAUCCUUAUAGAAUGGCCUGGGUUGAAAAGGACCUUAAAGAUCACCUAGUUUCAACCUCCAUGCCGUGGGCAGGGCUGCCAGCCACUGGACCAGGCUGUCCAGAGCCACAUCCAGUCUGGCCUUGAAUGCCUCCAAGGAUUCAUUCUUGAUUUGGGUUCAAAAGUGAUCACAGUAAGGUAACAUUGUACAUUCCUUAUUUUAGGAAGCAUUCCUUAGAUGUGCUCAUUAAGAAAAGAAAUGGCAUUAUUUCUUCAUUAGUUUGGGAACUGGGGACAAGGAAAAAAUGAAAAAUGUUGUUGUCAGCUUUCAGAUGGUCUUUUUUUUAACAAUAAUCUGCCCUUGGUGCCUCACCAAGCUUCUGUGCCCAUGCACAGACAUGCAAAUAUAUAGGUUUGGAAAGCAUGUGCUGUUUUGUCAGGCCAAGCAAACAUGAAUGGACAAAAUGUUAAUGCCACGCAAUAUUUAGAUCUGCCACUUACCCAAAUAAAGAAGGAAAUGUUUUGUGGUAGGCAUUGUUACUGUUUCCUGAAUAGUUCAUAAAUCAAGUAUUUAUGCACUGGCCAAUGCACUGCACAGAGCUACAGUUACCCACCACUACAAGUGGCUCAAGGACUUCUGAGCUUCAGGUUUCCUUCAGAUUGCAUUAGUUGGCAUCUUGCUAUCUAUGAAGAAGUGCAGGAGAGGGUGUUCCUUGUGAGCAGGGUAGUGCACAGGAGUCAAGGCUGGCUUCCCAGAAUAGAAGGGAACAGUGUUUGGAAUAAUAUUCCCUUUGGGAACAGUGUUUUCCCAAAUAAUUUUUCCCUCUUUGUAGUACUGGAGUGGGUAUUGUUUGUUAUCCUUGGUACUAAUGAUUUUUCAUAAGAGCUGAUAUUUAGCUGUAUUCUUGGCUUUAGGAAAAAACAAACAAAAAGCCCAUAAAUUCAGACAAAUUUUCUUCUAAAGGGCUAUUGGCAGAUUGUCAAGUUAACAAACAAGCUUUCCCCAGGCCAAGGGUACAUCUCAUGUCUAAGCCAUUAAUACACCCAGUCCAGGUUCUGCAAAGCAAUUGUGCACGUGUAGUCUGGGGCUAUGAGAAGUGCCAUGGAAGUCAAGGGGGUUAUCUAUGAUGUGAAAAAUUAAGUUUGUAUUAUCUUACAUAAGGAAAACACAAGAUUGUUUCUGUUAUAUGAGGAAUAGAGUGUCUGAUGAUUUAAAAAUUACUUAAAGAAACCCCUGGAGUCAGUUUAUAACUUACCAUCCAAAUUCUGCAGAUUUAUGAGUCUGCGCAGAGUCUGAAUCAGCCCAGAAUAUGGCUCCAUAUAAUAAUAAUUCAUGUGAGAGAGAGAGAGGCAUUGUGGGGCAUUCCUCCCAGUCUGCUGGUAAGGGACCAGCUUGAAGCUGGCAGCAGUGGCAACAGAAAGAGGGAGCAAAAGAAGCUGAUAUUUCAGGAAGGAGAUGGCGUGGUAUGCAAGGAGUAAAGAAAGUGUGGAGAGUAACAGAUGAAAUGGCUGUGAGGUAGCAGUGGGAUCUGCUGGAAGCAGUAGCAGGCAGUUGGUAAAGACAUAGCAGUAUAGAUUAAGAUGUAAAAAUCAUAAGUCACAUAGGCAGACUCCUUCCACUACCGAGCCUGAGGCUCUUCUUCCCAGCCUCAAGCCGUGAGGAAAGGGCUGAGAGGGCUAAGGCUUUGGCAGGGACCACAAGCAGGCAGCAGCUGCCAACCCACAUCUACAGACCUUGCACAAAAUCACAGUAAAUCGGAGUCUUUGGGAAGCAACAGACCCAAAGCCCAAAGGGUCAGAAUCUCCCAGAACAGUGAGUCACCAACAGAGUGGGAAGUGAAUUCUUUUCCCUGGGAAGCUUUCCAAACCUGAUGUUUUGGUGGGAUUUCUGCAAAGGCUGUUCCUUCUUGGAAAGAGAAAGAAAUCCCAAACUUGAACUGGUGGUUCCAUUCUUGUUGCAUAUGUCUACAAAGUCUAGCCAAUCAUUUUUUUACAAAUAGCUUUAGUUUGUUUUGUGUCUUUGUAGAGAUUUAAUCAGCCGAUUCUAAUUUUAAAGCACAGCAUAUUGCAGAUACUUCUACUGACAAAUUACUGGACUUGAGAACAAAAUGAAAAAAUAAAUAAUAUUAUUAGUCCGAAUGCUUAAAUUUGCAUAGUAUUCUCAAAGGAUUUGGCAGCAGGUUUGAGUCCCUGUUCUUCAUUUUUGCUUGCACCAUCAUUUGCUCUAAGUGUGAUAUAGCAUUUAAGUUAAAAACCCCAAGAAGUGGCUUGUAUGAUUCUUUAAUGUUCUUAACUUUAUGUAGUGUGACAGCAGACUUCAAAAACCUGUCUUUUUAUACAAUUCUUAGCUGCACAAAAUGAUGGCUCACUUGGGAAAACUAAUGCAAACCUUUGGUAUAUUAAGAUGUUAUUCAAUGCACAUACUACGUCAAUAAAUAUUUUCUAUUGUUUUUCUUUUCCUC